AUGGGCGCCGGGGCCAGCGCCGAGGAGAAGCACUCCCGCGAGCUGGAGAAGAAGCUCAAGGAGGACGCUGAGAAGGAUGCCAGGACCGUCAAGCUGCUGCUGCUGGGAGCUGGGGAGUCAGGGAAGAGCACCAUCGUCAAGCAGAUGAAGAUUAUCCACCAGGACGGUUACUCGCUGGAGGAGUGCCUGGAGUUCAUCGCCAUCAUCUACAGCAACACACUGCAGUCCAUGCUGGCCAUCGUGCGGGCCAUGGGCACCCUCAACAUCCAGUACGGGGACUCAGCUCGCCAGGAUGAUGCCCGCAAGCUGCUGCACCUCUCGGACACCAUUGAGGAGGGCACCAUGCCCAAAGAGAUGUCAGACAUCAUCGGGCGGCUCUGGAAGGACACGGGCAUCCAGGCCUGCUUCGAUCGCGCCUCUGAGUACCAGCUCAAUGACUCAGCUGGCUAUUACCUAUCAGACCUGGAGCGCCUGGUGACCCCCGGCUACGUCCCCACCGAGCAGGAUGUGCUGCGCUCCCGCGUCAAGACCACCGGCAUCAUCGAGACCCAGUUCUCCUUCAAAGACCUCAACUUCAGGAUGUUUGAUGUGGGCGGUCAGCGCUCGGAGAGGAAGAAGUGGAUCCACUGCUUCGAGGGGGUGACCUGCAUCAUCUUCAUCGCGGCCCUCAGCGCCUACGACAUGGUCCUGGUGGAGGAUGAUGAAGUGAACCGCAUGCACGAGAGCCUGCACCUCUUCAAUAGCAUCUGCAACCACCGCUACUUUGCCACCACCUCCAUCGUCCUCUUCCUCAACAAGAAGGACGUCUUCCUGGAGAAGAUCAAGAAGGCCCAUCUCAGCAUCUGCUUCCCCGACUAUGAUGGUCCCAACACCUAUGAAGAUGCGGGCAACUACAUCAAGCUGCAGUUCCUAGAGCUCAACAUGCGCCGGGACGUGAAGGAAAUUUACUCCCACAUGACCUGCGCCACCGAUACCGAGAACGUCAAGUUCGUCUUCGACGCUGUCACUGACAUCAUCAUCAAGGAGAACCUCAAGGACUGUGGGCUCUUCUGA